AAAUUUCAUAUCCGAUUAACUUGUAUGCAGUUUAAAGCACAAUUACUUUUAUAUUAAACAUUUUAAAAAUAAUGGAUUCUUCACCGCCGGUAUUAUUGAAUGCUUUACGGCCACUUAAAACAAAUAGACCAAGACCACGAAUGAGAUUAACAUCUAUACGCCAAACACCACAACGUGUUCUAGCUGCUAAACUUGACGUAAAUAUCAAUCAGAACUUAAAUCCUGUCAUAUGUCCUGAAACUCUAAAUCAACCGGCACCACGAGUAGACUAUAAAUCAGAUGUUCCUUCUUCAAAAUUAACAAGAUUUGUAAAACGAUUUAGUACAACUUUUCUUCCCGCUGAACAUCCAGUAUCCGAUAUUAUGAAUAAAUCAGAGAAGAAUAUUAAUCCUCAAUUUGAUUUUAACCAGUGGAAAAGACGGAGGUCUAUACUAAAUUAUCGAGACCGAUCACCAUUACAUAUCGACCAACAUGUACAACCAGCUGAUGGAAUGGUUGAUACGAAUACUGAUCAAGUUGAUAAAAGAAUUACAGUUUCCUCAGAUUUAUCUAACGUAAUUGAAUCAAACCAAACAACCACUUGUACUAAACGUAAAAGCAGUCUUACAAGAUGGUUUGAAAAGAAUGUUAAACAUCCACGAAGAUCAUUACCUCAUAGAUCCCUAACAACUGAUUGUGCAGCACCAGUUAUCACUAACAGGUCAUCAAUACCUGAAAAAACGCAACCAGAAUGUUUGUAUAAUCAAAUUACCCAGCAGACAAUUACACCUUAUGCUAAAGUUUUUAAAUCCCGUCGCAGUCUAUUGAGACAUAGAUGUAUUUCAAAUCAUCCUAUUAUAACAUCGAAAUCUCAGGAAAGUAAGACACCCGGGAACUUUCUAUCACAUGGCGUUGAUCAUACAAGUAACUGUAACCAUCGUGAUUCUGGAGAUGAAACUAAUGAGAAAGUUAUUGUUUUGAAGAGUAACAAUGUAGAAGAUUUUAAAAUCAAUGAAACUAAAUCUGUUCAUAAAAACGCCUUUGGUUCUGAAAAAUGUGUGAGUGAAGCAGAUGAACCUUGGUUUAUCAUCCCACCUACUGGUAUCGAUGGUCCGUGUUCUCAAAACCAAAACAGUACUUAUUCAAGUAUCAGUUCGAUUGUUUCGGAUUUCACGAGCAUGAGUCAAUCUGUUGGCAAGAGUACUGGAUCUCACAAAUCCCUGAUGAGUACAUUCUAUACUCCGACAAUGAAACGUCGGCAUAGACUACCUAUUCCUUCAGAAUUUCUUAAUUCUACUUCCUCAGGACCUGUGAUCUACAAAUCAACCACACGAUCCUCGAUGACGAAUAUGUAUUCAGAAUUGAAUAAAUCAAGUGAUCAAGAUUCAGGUCUUUCAUCACAGCUAAGUACUACAUUUCAAGGUGCAGAUGUGGAAACUCAAAGUGGAGAUUUAAGGGAACAUAGAAAUCUAGUAGGAUCAUCAUCGGCAAGUUGGGCAACUACUUUACGUCAGUCUAUGAAACGAGCGAAUAAUAAACGUACUUUAUUGGCGGGUUGCACUUUAUUCAAUAGGAACCCAGUCGAAGGACUCAAUUACCUUAUUAGAAAUUAUAUUUUAUUAUCUGAUCCCAUUAAAAUUGCUCAAUUCUUAUUCCAUGAACCAAAUCUCAAUCGCCAAGCUAUUGGAGAGUACUUUGGUCUACUUGAUAACACAUUGGCAACGAAAGUUUUAAAGGAAUUCUUAUUGCUGAUCAAUAUGAAGAAUAUGGAGGUGGAUGUUGCCUUGCGUUCAGUUAUCGGACAUUUUCAUCCUUCAGGUGAAUCUCAAAAAAUUGCUUAUCUAAUGCGAAUAUUUCAUGAAGUAUAUAUUAUUCAAAAUUCAGAUCGUGUCCGGAAAAAUUUUCAUAGUCCUGAAACAGUGGAAGUCUUAGCAUAUUCAGUGCUUUUGUUACACACAGAUCUUCAUAAUCCUAAUGUUGGAAAGUUGGGCAAACGGAUGACUAAACAAGGCUUUAUUAACAAUAAUCGUGGAAUUGAUUCUGAUCAUGAUGUGCCUGCAGAUUUACUGGAAGGUAUUUAUGAUCGUAUAGCUGCUUCCGAGUUUAAGACACUACCAGAUCCAUCAGAUAAACUUCGUGCUUUGGAUGGAGUUUUGGUUGGUCCUUUGAAAACAGACAACUUUGUACAACGACAUCGUCGUUUCAUUGGCAGGAUUCUGACCCAAGAAAUUGAAAAAAUUGCUCCGCGAAAAUUACCAGGUAGAAAUAAUGCUCGAUGGCGCCACGUGUUAAUAUUUAAUGAUAUAUUGGUGGUUGUUAAAUCGUUGAAUACAACCCGUUUACGAUCUGGUUCCCUUAUAAAUUCUGUCGCAGCAGUUGCUUUUGGAGACCAAAACGCUACUCGUCAUUAUACACCAAGGAAUUCCGUAUCUAGAGAUGACGGUAGUUGUAGUCCUUUCGGCCCGGUUCAAGAUGUAACACAAAAGGUGUUCUGUUCAACUGAACCAUUUCCUGGUGAUACAACUUUUCAAGUUCGAAAUGUUUAUCCAUUCCUUGAUCUUCGAGUGUUGGUCUUUGAAUCGAAUUAUUAUCGAUACGGAGUUCAACUGUGUAAUUCUAAUGGCCCUGUAAUUAGUUUAAGUAUGCCAUCUGAAACUUGUCGUCGUCAAUUCAUCGAUUGGGUAUACGGAUCCAUUGCUGAAAUGGAGGAAUUACAGCAACAUCAACAGAUUAAGAAAAGUGAAUGUGAACGAACUAUCAUUGUUAAUUGUAAACGGAACUCAACGAAUACUACCGCUAAUGGUACUACUUCUAUUAAUAAUGGCGAUAGAUGUGUCAUGCCUUCCUCAAGAGUAACUGAAAAAGUUAUAUUAUUUAAUGCCUAAUUAUUAUUCUCAUUAUUACUAACCAGCAUUAUUGGUGAAACUGCAGAUAAACAGAAUAUCAUUGAUUUACAUUUUUCUUUUGUAUUUGAGUUCACAGAAUAUUUCAGUUGAAUUCCUUUUUUCACUUUGUAAUUUCUAUUUCAUUGUAUAAGAGCAAACAGCAGUCUAUACAUAAAGAUGAUUCUUUUCAUUGUGUUUAAUGUGUAUUUUUGGCGUUGAUUGCUCAUUCAACCCCUCAGAUCAUUCAAAGUGAAUGUAUACUUGGAAUCUCUCCCCCCUUUCUGUGAUACUUUAAUUAAUUGAACGUAUAAACAUAAACGUAUACCACAAAACGUAAAUUUAUAGAUAUCUACAUAAAAAUAGAUUAUUCCUUUUAAUUUUUAAUGCUUAAAUUUUGUUGAUUCAAUCAUUGUCCCAUAUCAGAGAUUAUAAAGUUAGAUAAAAUUUUCAAAGUUUAUGAGUAUUAUUAUUACUGUUGUUAUUACAUAACAGUUUUGUUCACUUGUUUAUUCCCCCUCUUAUUUACUAGAAUCUCCAGACAAAUUAGACUAGUUUAUUAUUCAUUUGAAUAUGAUAAUUCAUAUAUGUAUCAUAUGACCCAGUUUAUAAUCGCAUUUGUUUAUAGAAUACUUCUACUUAUUUGUAUUGGUUUCUCUUGCUUUUCCAUCCUUUUCAGUUUAACCUCAUUUAUGUGAAUAUUGAAUAUUUGUACAUUUUUAUAAAUAAUUUUUCUCCAUUACUGUAUAGAUUACCUUUCCCCUAUUCAUUGUUUGUAUAAAAAAUAUGAGACUAUUUUCUGCUUUAAAAUAUGUUCGCUUAAAUACAUCUAAUCUCAUU